AUGAGCAGCAGUGCCACAACUGUUUCGACUAGCACGGAAGCCACCAAAAACAUCGCCGCCCAGCAACAGCAACAGCAGCAGCACCCGCCGGCUAUGAACAUCAAAAGCGAGUUUGAUUUUGCCGCCAGUGUGGUUGGCAAGGUUGACCUGGCAAGCAGUGACGGCGGUGGCAACCAAUUGGCCGAGCCGUCAGUUCAGGCCACCGGCGAUGAGAGCACCGCCGCCGCCAUCAGCGUCAACUACCUGAGCAUUCUGGAGCAGCUGAAGCACGAGGAGGAGUCAGAGCUGGCGCUGCUCAAACGCGAGGGCUUUGACCUGUCCACGCUGGAGAAGUUCGACUCGGUGGACCUGAUCAACUCGGAGGUGCUCAUGGACGCCGAUGAUGAUGUCGGCGGCGUCGGCGGCGCUGGUGCUCUACUGAUCAAUGGCUCCGGGGGUGGUGGCAGUGCCGAUGCUGCCGAUGGCCUCAUCAGUGGCUCUGAUCUGCUGCUGGCGCCCAUGCCCACACUGAAGAGCAACGGUGGCCAGCUGGCAGGCAAUGCAAACAACGGUGGUCGAUCGGUGGCAUUAGGCGGCGGCGGCAACGGCGGCGGCCACAAGUCCUCCUCCUCCUCCUCGAGCCUCUUUGACUGCAGCCUGCGACGAUUCGACGACCUGUCGUCGCUGGACAACCUCUUCAGCGACGACAGCGACGAGGAGGAAGACCACAGCGACGAUGAGGGCGACAUGGACACCCAGGAGGGAGGCGGGGGAAGAGGAGAACACAUGACGUACCUCUUUCGCAGCAACACCGGCAACUCCUCGAACUCCUCCUCGCUGGGGCCCAACUCCUCGUCCGGGGGACCGAUAGUGACGAAUGACGUCAUGGUGACCAGUGGCGCUAUUCUUCCCGGCACGCCCUCCUCACUGGGCGGCGGCGGCGGAGGAGGAGACAGCAUGCUGGGCGCCACUCUGGGCGGGGGGCACUCUCUGCUGCUGCAGUCGGGCGCUGGCAAGUCCGGCAGUGACUCGGGCACCCUGGCGGCCACUCACAGCGGCGGCGACACCUCUGCUGAGGAGCUCAUCUUUGGCGAGUCGAUCUUCACAUUUCCAG